ACGAAAGCAGGUAAGAAAGAGUCUCUUUUUCAAAUUUACACUUAGCAAGUUAACUUUGUCGGACAACAUUUAAUUUCAAUUGUUGACGAAGAGAACGUCAAUGGAGCGGUGAUGCUGACAGCGAUUUUAUUCUUUGGAAAUUAAAUCUACUUGCCUGAGAUAUACUCAUCCGCAGCUAUACAUCUAGGAAGUGAUUUCAAAUCGUUCACAUUUCAACACGAACAUGCAAAAUGGUUGCCUCUCAUCCGGAGACAUCCUGCCAUUCUUUUGGAACCACCCAGGGAACUUGCUCGCUCUGAACGCAGGUUUUUCGGGUCCGUUGACAAUGAUGCCCGGUAUUGACAGUUUGUCCGGUGAUACAACGCUGCUGUUAAGGGAAAUUCUUCAAAACAAGGAAAAUAAGAUGAGCAACAACAACAACAACAAUAACAAUAAUAGUAUAAAAAGCUUCUGUCCUAACGGAAACAUGCCAGAUUCAGAUAUGAUCGAAGGUAUGCUGCGCUCUAAACCCGGAGCCCGCGACACCCACUCUGUCGACACCGCCUCCGUUCAUUCGUGCUGCAACGGAUCCGUUGCCGACAGCGACGUGGACAGCGCCCGUGGCGAUGGUGACGUAGAAGACGUCGUCGACGACGAGAAGGUUUACGAUGACAUGGUCACGAACGACCUUGAGGAUUCGCCUGUGGGCGACACGAAGGAGGCGAAGCGAGCUCGCGUGGAGAACAUCAUCACCAGCAUGCGCCCGUCGUCCGGCGACCACCCAGACAACGCCUCCGUCAACAGUUCAGACAUGAGGAGGCCGAAACGCAAGCAGCUUCAACCACAGCAGCACGACACGAAGUUCGGCUGCUCGGAGACGAAGUAUCACCGUGGCAACCACAACGUCCUGCAUGAGCACAUCCUGCAGCUCCAGCACCAGCUGCAGGUGGUAAAACAGCGCUGCGACGCCCUCUGCGGUGAUGACGUCACCGGUGACGUCAACAAGCAGGUCAGCAAGUACAGCGACGCCGUUCGCAUGUGGAUGAAGGAGAAAGAGAUGGAGAAUAAAGAGUGUAACGGGGUGGCUUUUGAGAGUCGUCCGGACGAGCUCGUCAUACCGAAACCUGGGGACUUUAACGCCUUCAAAGCGGCGACCAGCAAGGCUCUAGUGGAACCAGACGACCUUCAGCAGAUGGCGGAGAGUGUGAAAACUGAAAUCGUGCAAUCAAUAACCAAAGCGGUGGACAGUGCCGUUAACAAACUUAUAGAGAAGUGUGUUCUAAAAAGUGCCGCGUUCCACCAGUCGUCGUCGGGUGUGGCGAAGAAAUGCAGAGAAGCGGAAAAGAAACAGGAAUCAAUCUGGAACGAAGUGAAAUCCAGUCCAGUCAUUCCAAUCAAGCAUGACCUCAUCCAUGACCAUAUUGUCAGUCGUGCUCAGGACAAAAUAAGUGCUUUUGAACCUCUACACCGUGACUUUGAAAUGCCUCGUUCACAUGUUGCCCCGCAUGUGCCUUUUCCUCACUUUCCGUACUACUUUCCUACGCAAAUGCUGCCCCCUAUGUACGCGACGGAACCGGAACAGACCGAAGCGCUUCCCCUGGUCGUCAGCAACACACCAAAGAAGAAACGGACAAAGGUGACGGACACACGACUGUCGCCGAGAGCGAAGACCGCUCUGCUUCAGGACAAUUCGCAGUCGAUGCAGCUGGACCUCGGCCACCACACCCCGACCUCGACGUUCCCCCACUUCUUGCCGCACAUGCUGCCCACUAGUGUGGCCAUCCCUAACCCCAGUCUUCAGCAUUCGGACGUCCUCGGCUUCAGCAUGCGGGAACGGUGCCUCUCCGAAUCGAGGCUGUCCGCCAGCUCGCCGCCAAUGUUCGACCGGUCGUCGCCAAAAUCUCCAGACGACGGAAUGAACUUCUCCAGAUCUGACAUGUUUGAGGGGUCGCCCAGCGACUCCGGAGACAGCCAGUACCUGCACAUGACCAGUACUCUGACACCUAUGCACCUGCGCAAAGCGAAACUGAUGUUUUUCUACGUCCGGUACCCGAGUUCCGCCAUUCUGAAGAUCUACUUCCCUGAUGUGAAGUUCAACAAGAACAACACAGCUCAGCUAGUCAAGUGGUUCAGUAACUUCAGAGAGUUCUACUACAUACAGAUGGAGAAGUACGCCCGCCAGUCGAUCGCCGAAGGCUGCAAAUACGUGGAUGAUCUGGUUGUGACGACGGAUUCCGAGUUGUACCGAGUGCUCAACCUGCACUACAACCGCAACAACCAGCUCGAGGUACCAGAAAGUUUCAGACUAGUUAUCCAAGCAACUCUGCGCGAAUUUUUCCGAGCCGUUAUAACCAAUAAAGAUACUGAGCCCUCUUGGAAGAAAUCCAUCUACAAAGUGAUUUCCAGAAUGGACGACACACUUCCCGAGUACUUCAAGUCCCCGAACUGGCUGGAACAACUGGGCGAUGUUUAAUGUCACUGACUCCAUCAUAUUCUAUAUCACUGGCUAUGGACAAAUGAUUCCUUCUUAGUCAUGAACUCGUGUGACAUCUUUAGCAUUCUCUUUCCAUGACGUGGACCAAAUUUCAUCCAUGAACAAAUUUCAUAUGCAGCAUCCGUGUUCUGUGACUUCAGACCAAGUUGCAUCUUUGUCAAAUCUAAUGAAGACAUUCCAGCCACUGAAGUGCGGCGUCAUGUACAUUCCAGUCCCCAAAGUAACUGGUCGUUAAUAGUGUGUGCUAGUGUCUGUCCUGUGACAUAUAUAUAUCCACUUGGAGUUUUUUUUACAAGAUUAUCCUUCAUCAUUUGACAUUGGCUGUUUCGUACUUUUGAAGUCAAAAAUCCAUAUGCAUAAUAAAUAUUGUAACCUUGUGAAGUCGACUUUGAAUAGAACUUCGUUGCGUGAAGUCUUAUUUUUCUUAUACGUGUAUCUUUUUACAAAUAUGUUGUUAUUGGGUGCAAUCGUUAUGGAAAAAUAAAUCGUGGAUAUUUAUGUUAAUUUUAAAUUGAAGUCAUAAAAGUUUUAUUAUAGUGUGUAAUAUUUAUAUUUAUGUCUUUAUCUUGGUGCAUAAUAUUAUUGAGAUGUCUAGUCAUAUUUAACAUAAUUAUAUCCGAAUUUUGCAAUUCUUUCUGCCUCUUUUCAUGUUAUUUUAUCGAUACACCUCAUUUUCAUUCAUGUUAUUUAUUGAUUGUAUGAUUAAAACUCGGCGACACCGCUGGUAUCCGGGUUAGUGGACUUUGAGCCAAGGAGUAUUUAGAGACAUCGCGAAAAUGCUGACACGUAGAUUUUUUUCUUUUGUGAUAUUGCAAUCUCUAAAAUGGUCUAAAGCGGGGGUUCUCCCUGGCAUUUGAUCAAUGAGUGCUAUCGGUUUGCUCAACAGCAAAUGUCGCAGCCCAGUCGGUUUUGAUGUCAGUUAUCAGACUGUAGUCUAAGUGGUGCCCUUGAUUAUAAUAGUAGAGGGGUACUGACUUUUUCAAAGAUUUUUUAUAUUACCUUAGUGUUCAGAAAACCCAUGCAACACUCACUACGUAUAUGUCUCGCAUAGGUAAUAAAGACUGUCUGCAUGGCAAUGUAUGUAAUUUAACAAUAUACAAAUACACGCGAGAUGAUUUCAGGAAAUCGGUGUCAAAUUGCGUAACUAUUCAUGUCGCCAAAUCAAACUGACCGUUACCAAUAUUUUAUCAGUAUGUAUUUAAUUUCUGAUUAUUUUGUCAGUGGCGUGGCCAGGAAAAUCUGGGCAAUGUGUCCUCAGAAAGUAAUUAAACAUGUAGGAAGGGGUGCGCGCGCAUCCUAUACACACACCUUCCCGAUGUUACUAUUGUUUUGUUAAACUAUUUUAUCUUCAAUAUUAUUUGUAAUGAUAGCUAUAUGCAUAGCUAUAGAUUAGCAUACCAUUUCAUCAUUAUAGAUAGUGUAAAUAUUCUAGUAUGAGUCAAUUCUAAACAAGAAAGGAAUAUUUGCGCCUGCGUGAAUCGCAGUGCAAUGUUCCCAGGGAAACGUUGCAAUAUACAGUAUAUACAUGGUCUGGUCGACAUCGUGCACUUUAAAAAUAUAUAUUAUUUCAUAGCUUUAAACGAUCUUCAUUUUGCAGCAUUACCGUGUAUAUUUUCUUUACCAUCCAUUGCCAUUCUUGGAUAAUUAGUGCUGUGUAGCGAUUAAGUAUUUAUUAAUAGAUUGGCAUAAUACAUUCAAAUAAUUGACCUAUGUUAAUACUUUGUUUUAAUUUUUUCUUAUAAUGAUGUGUAUAAGUGGAAUAUACUUGUUCGGAUUUCUUUGAACAAGUAUUUUAAUUUUAUAUCCUUAUAAAAAGAAUCGUUUGUACAAAAAAAUAUUAGUUUUCAAUCUUAGAGAAAGUCAUUUUGUUUAAAAGUGAUUUACAUGUAAUUAAUGGUUAUUUCGUUACUUUUAUUUAAUUGUUAGGUGAGCAAACGUUUUAAAAAUGAUUUUUAAAAACAAAUUAUUAGUCAUGUUUAUGUAAAUAUUUAUCGAAUUAUGUUGUUGUUAAGCUUUAUUUACUGAUAACCAUUCCAAAAUUAUUCUUUUUCAAAACUGGUUUAAACCUUUUUAAAAAUGUCUUUAUUACUUCACUUGUUUAAGAUUUUUCACAUUUAAUUACGAUCUAAUAAAGUUUAGCAGUUCCUUACACUGUAAUAUAUGCCUCUUUGCAAUAAUGUAUUUUAAGUUACAUUUUCAUUAGUUUGUACCAAAGAAUGUCAUUAGAUGAAGCAACAGAUUAUAGGUACGUGUAUUAAAGAGUUUUUUGCGUGAGCAAUCACUAUUACAAAUUCAGCUCAUUUAAUUGAAUGUGGAUCUAGUCGCUCUCUCCAUAUUGCACACCUAUUAACAUCCAGGAAUAUAAAAUAUCGCUCGUCUACAAAUUCUGUCAAAUUUAAAAUUUUGAUAUGGUGGAAUUUUUUAUAAAUUAAAAUGUGUUUAAAAUAAAUAUUCUGCAAAAGAUUAACACGUUUAAGAUCGUUCAGUAAUGUUUCAGCUAUAUGGACUGGGAGCCAAUUAAUAUGUUUCAUUAUCAGCACUAAAAUAAUAAAGUUCAUACUGUUUAAAAAUGUAACUGCUAAAUCACAUGCGGAUAUAGGCCUACUGGUCUGCCCCACCAAUAUUCUUUUCUCCAGAAUUCAUUUAGUAUUCUUCAGUUUUGUUAUUUAUUUCAUGUUAUUCCUAAAGCUUUAUUCUAUAUAGUUUUAUGUUUAAAUUACCAUUUAUUCAAAUUAAUAUUUGUGUUAUAUUUGUUAAGCAUCAAAGAUGUAAUCACCGGUUAUUUAGCAAUAUCUAUGAUUAUUUGGUAGCCCCUUUCUACAUUUAGGACCGUUUUUUAAAAUAAAUUUAGGAGGGGUAGGUAAAUAUAAUAUAAACUAAUUUGGCUUCAGUGGAGUUAAUAAUAAUAAUAGAUUUUAUAAAUAGUAUGUAGACUACACAAAACUAAUUUUAAUCAACUGAAAGUUUUGGUCUUGUUCCUUCCCGGGUUUUUUUUUAUCAUGUUUGGAACAUCGUUUUUAUUGUCAUUCAUAACCAUUCUUAGAUUGCCAGCUAGUCCAUUUAAGUUUUAAUUUGGUUUAAUUUAUUAUGGAUGAUGAACAUAAAGGAAACACUACAGGUACUCUAGGUUUAACAGAGGUCUCCGCAAAAAUAAGGUUUUUUUUCUAUUUACUAAUAAUAUCCGAUCUUGUUUAACAAGGCAGGGAAAUUAAUUGGAUUGAAACCAAAAAGGACACUAACUUGUUUUUGUUUAUUUAUUGUUUGUUUGUUAAUAUUUACAUCCCAUUAUUUAUGUUACUAUACACUGUACAUUCCAGACAGUGGUGUUCAAGAUUGUGCUCUAGGAUGUCCUUGCUCAAAGUGUUUAUAAUAUUAUCUUAUUGGAAACUUUGAUUCCUUUGUGACCAAGUUUUGCAAACAUAUAUAGUCACAUUCUUAAGAACAAAUAUAGUAUGUGCAUGUGUUUAUUUCCCAUUUCUUUGUUUUCCCUGGUAUGUACAUUAAUACGUCAAUGCAGGGUUCACGGAUCACCGAAUUCCAAACUAGUAUUUAACUUGUAAUCCGUUUCUUGUUGCAUAUAUAAUAUAUAACGUUAAUCAAAGUUGUCUGUCAUUGUUGUAUUUUCAUGUUAUAUUGCCUUCUUUUUGGGCGGGUGGCUGGUAUUGCAACAGGAAAUCUUUACUUUGACAGCCAAGACUAAACUCAUAUAUCGUAUGGUCAAGUAAUCGGCUGGCGUGACUGCCUGAAAUUCACAACACGUUAUCUAAAAUGUUUACAUUUUCCGAGACGUAAAGUACGUUGUUUAGAAAACAGUUUUUGUUAUUCGAAUAGACUGUAUGUUACGUACAACUCAUGUGACUGGGGUCGUUGAGCAUGUAGUUGUACGUUAUUGGAACAUACUGUACUGUACGUUAUCUGAAACGUCUGGUAUAUUUUGUAGAACGUACUGAAGAUCUCGAGAUGUACUAGAUUGUUCAACACUAGUAUGAUACUUCCAUAAAUCCAAGAGGUAUAUUGAGACGGGAGUAUAAAUGUGAAUAUAUGUGGUUUGUAAUACAGUCACGUUAAGGAAACAUUUGAAGUCCAUUAUUGUACGCAAAAUGAAUAUAUAACAUAAUAAUAUUAUAUGAUACACAACAAAGACAUUUUUCUUGUAAGUUUUUGGAAACUGUGCCUUUUUAUAAUCAGUCUGAUUUUAUUUUUUACUUUUAUUUUCAUUUUGAAUUAUUCGUUUGUAGCCCCGGUAUGUGGGCCACUUUCUUCUGCCUUUUACUAUAUAUGUUGUUAUAUCUUGGCGUGCCCUAAAGUCGAAUCAGUGCACAUUGUAUAACCGUACACGUCACGUGCAGACGUGGCAGUCGUUCGCAUGCCUCUUUUACACCAUGUAAUAACUUGCCUUUUAUAUUUUUUUCGUAUAUAUUUUCUUAUUCUAUUUAAGGAAAUUACAACAUUAGAUGAGUAGAUAAUAUUAAAUAAACGUUACUGAACCUU